CAGCACAGUUCUUCGUUGCCUUUGCUUGAGUUCGCAUCGCAUUCGCUUGUGUUCUAAAAAAAAAUAAAAACGGAAUAACAAAAACAUUUUCAUUCAUUAUUCUGAUUUCUUUUUUAAUUUUGAAAUUCGGUUUUUGUGUUACUACUGACCUAAAGAAUUUCGUAAAAAGCCGGAAAACAUGAUCGGAAAAUAAAAACAGAACAGAACAAAAAUAAUCACAACAAACAUUAAAAAACAAGAAACAAUUGUGAAAAUAUUUAACUAAAAAUAAAGAAAGAAAAAACAAUCAAAAUGCACAACAUUGAGGAUAUGAUAGUGGAAAAAAAUUACAGCAAGUGUCCUUUGAAAAAACGACCAGUUCAUUAUCAUUUCGAUGAUAAUGAAGAGGAUACAUCGGCCGCCAUGGAUAACCCCAAGAAAAUGAUUAAAUUGGAUAAUGACGAUGAGCCAGAGAAUUUGAGUUUGAAAAAGGAAUCCAGCAGCAAACAGAUCGCCUCAUCGUUGGCCGAAGACGAGGAGGAUGAGAUGAUCAAUGUCAGCGAUUGUUGUGAAGAUGAAGGUGUCGAUGUCGAUCACACCGAUGAUGACAGUAUGUGCGGGGAGGAGGAUGAUGAAAUGAUUGACUGUGUGGAAAUUGAGGAUAAUCAUGGUGCCGAUGCAAAUACCACCCAGGCGGCAGCUUUGGCGGCUGCAGCUGCUGUAGCAGCCGCUUCAGCGGCAGCUGCCUCCGUUGUUGUGCCAACUCCCACAUAUCCCAAAUAUGGCAUACAGCCAUGGAAUUUCCACAUGUCUCCGUAUACGGCUGAAUUCUAUCGCACCAUCAACAAUCCCCAUUUGGCUCAACAAAUUUCCCCACUUCGUGGAGAGCUACUGUCUCCCAGUUCGCCCUCAGAUUCAAUAGGUUCUCUCUCGCCUCCACCACCACAUCAUUAUUUGUCCGGACGUUCCAGCUCCGUUUCACCACCCAUGCGCACCGAUGUCAUUCACCGACCCAUUGGUGUCAGACAAAUGCCCAGCUCUCCAGCCUCCCAUCAACAUCAUCAUGGUCAGCAUCGUUUUAUGCCUUAUCCUUUGCCAGCCUAUCAUGGUCACCAUCAAACACCAGCCUCCUAUGCAUUGGGUUAUGCCCCCCAUCAUGCACCCAUCUCACCAGCCUACUCUGAAUCUUCCUAUUAUUCAAUGAGAUCAUUGACACCCGAAUCUCUAGCCUCGCCUGUGCCGGAAGAUUUGUCCCUCAAACCUCAACAAAACAGUGCCAAAACAUCACCCCUCAAAUCCGCAUCAUCAUCGAUUUACAUUAAAAGUGAAAACAUUGAUAGCUCGUCGAAUGCCUCAUCCUGCAAGACAUCAUCAAGUGCCACACAUCCACCCACAGCCACCUCAACACCAGUGAAAAAAGAAAAGAGUGGUCCACCACGCUACCAAUGUCCCGAUUGUCAAAAAUCUUAUUCCACCUUUUCGGGACUGACGAAGCAUCAACAGUUCCAUUGUCCAGCGGCUGAGGGGAAUCAAGUCAAGAAAUCUUUCAGUUGCAAGGAUUGUGACAAAACCUACGUGUCCUUGGGCGCCUUGAAAAUGCACAUUCGCACCCACACCCUGCCCUGCAAGUGCAACAUCUGUGGCAAGGCAUUUUCGCGACCAUGGCUGUUGCAGGGACACAUACGCACCCACACCGGUGAGAAACCAUUCAGUUGCCAACAUUGUCAUCGUGCUUUUGCUGAUCGCUCCAACCUGAGGGCCCAUCUACAGACACAUUCCGACAUCAAGAAAUAUUCCUGCAGUAAUUGUUCGAAAACCUUUAGCCGCAUGUCGCUGCUGACCAAGCACUCCGAGGGCGGUUGCCAAGGAUCCUCGUCGGCCAGCAACACCAGCGGCAGCCAAUCUAGCAGCAAUGAUCUCGUGGCUUAUCCAACCUAUGGUGAUCAUUAACCACCACACUAGCAACUAUCUCGAAUACCCAUCUCGUUUGCCAUACAACAAAACAGAAAAAUAAAAGAACCACCAAAAAUUAGUUCCUAAAAAAACGCACUUUCCUGAAAAUAACCAACUGCAACUCAACUUCCUCUCUUAUACAUGUGCUGAUCAAACCUACAACAUCCUUCUAUAUAAACCUGGUGUUUUUUAUAGUAUUUUUUGUUUGCUUACUCCUUAAAAAAAGGCAGAGCCUAACUUUUUAUUUUCUUUUUUUCUAUUAAAAUCUCUAGUCAGCCUCUUGUAUAAAACAAAAACAACAAACAAACAAAUUCCUUUCUUGAAAACUGCAUUUAUUAAAGAAUUAAUUUUUAGAGAGUGCCUGUACAAAUGUAUUAUAUAAUUAUUAUAUUUUGUCUUUCUUUUCAUGUAUAAUUUUUUGUAAAAAAUGUAUGAAUAUUUUUUUUUUUUUAAUUUUAAUUUCAAGCAAAACAAAUGGAAGACAAUGUUUAGUUUUUUUUUUCUUUUUAGAAUUUAAGUGGAGGACAAAAAACUAUUUUUUAUAAAAUGAAUUUUUUAAAAAAAAAUAUUUACAUAAGUAUAUCUAUAAAGUAGUUAUAAGAAAUAUAAAUAAAAAAAUACCAAUUAUUUGGUAAUCUAUUUUUUAUAUACAUAUUUUUAUACGACAUACAAACACAC